AUGCUAUCUCCCGCGAGGUUCGCGGGCCACGAGCAACACAAGAUCGUGCCGGUAAGCGUCCACAGCACCGAUCUCACACUAGAGCAGCCGAAAAACGCGGGCGUUGUAUUCGACAGCCGGGCGGCUCCGCUCCGUUUCGCGCUUCCGUUCAAGCCCUGGAUCUUUAUAUGUUUGGCGGGAUUCUCGGGGGCCAUGUGCGGUAGUCUCUUCUUUAGGAAGUGCGUGAUGCGGAAGAAUCUACCGAAUCCCCCGAGGGACCCUAACGAAACACCACCUGCGCAACAUCCACACACACCGGAUGAGUACACGCGCAUUUGCGCAGAUGGAGCAAAAGACACAGUGGGGGCACAUGUUGGGGAUGGAGGGAGUGCCGGUGUGGAUUCAAGCGGCAUAGGUAGCCAGACGGCGGCUGAUGGUCCCUCGGACCGUGGAGCUCGAAACUCUGACAACGGGAAUGGCGACGAAACCGUCGUUACCGCAGACGACAGCUCAAAGCGUAUAAUGAUACCUUACACUGUGAAUUAUCCGGUGAACCACGAAGACCUCAGAGAACUCAACGCUGACGAGCGUCCCGAGAAGGCAAAAGAAAAACUGGACCAGUUGGGUUUCUUCCAAGCGCUUGAAAAGGGUUAUGAAGUUGCAAACACACAGCGAUCCACUCCGCACGAAGCUACUGACAGCUAUUCGCUGGCGAUGUCCACUCUCGAACCCGAGAGUAAUGUUUGGGAGUGCAUGAAGACGACCUCGAUGGCGCAACAAAUCGGCACGAAGCAGGCCUCAAAGGAUGCAGUCACAUUUCAGUGCCCGAGCAGAAUGGACUAUGAAAGCAUACGGGACCAGUGGAUCGUCGGUAGGGCACGCAUACACUGGUUCCCGCGGUAUUUCGGCAAGAGCCUGGGUGAACUCUCCGAACACAUCAAGAUGUGCGACGUCAUUCUAGACGUCAGAGACGCAAGAAUACCGUAUGUGGCAGAUUCGGACUUUCUGCUCAACGUGUACAACAAUAUGUUCACACACAAGCCUAAGGUGCUCGUGUUCACGCACGCCGAUCUCGCAGCAAUAAAGGGGACUGAGGAAUGGGGCACCUAUUACCGCAUCAAGAACUUCUGGGACGCGCAGCAGUUUAACAAGAACAUACCAGAACAAAAUCGCAAGCCAGUCACGCCGGUAAUAUUCGUCGACGCCAAAAACGGUAUAUCGUGCAUCGUCAGACUCAAGAAGCUGAUUUACAAGCUGUGCCAGAGGGUCAACCAGCGACGCGCCAGGAGAGGACUAGCUGCCAGACCGCUAAGGGCGAUCGCCCUGGGAAUGCCAAAUGUAGGAAAAAGCGCCCUCAUCAACAGACUGCUGGGCCGGCACAAAGCCAGGAGCUUCAACGCUGCUGGAGUUACGAGGGACAUCAGGCUGGUUAGACUUCAUCCACAGGAAUACAGAGAAGCGGCGCACAAAAUCAUAGACGUGAUAGAUACGCCAGGGGUACUCCCUGCGAAUCUUUACAAUGUGGCCUUCGGACCAGCAAAGGGGAAGAGCGACCGAAAGCGCAACCGCCUUCUUGGCAGCAUGUACUUUAACUUGCCGCAAACGUUUGUCCAUGGCGGACACAGUAAAACGGGGAUCGAUGCAAAACAGGUACCCCUUGAACGCAAUGUGUGGCUCAUAGCUGCCGCGAACCAAAUUGUGGAGGGGGCGUACGAUAACGACCAGGCUGCGGAGAAUCUGCUGGAGCAGGCGCUGGAAGUUUACAAGCAAAAGCGUUCGUAUGUAGAACUGCCUAGGAUACUGAAGCGCAUAGGAAUCGAUUACACGCCAGGCAUUCUAGAGAUGCACCCAGCGGAUUUCAGCCACGAGUGCUUGCAAACAGCCAGCCAUAAACACCACGGUGGUGAUGUUAAUGCCGCUGCUAGCCGCAUACUAGCUGACUUCCGACGUGGCUAUUACGGCAGGAUAACGCUUCAGACACCCCCGUCUGAGGUCCCCAAUCGCCGGCGCACAUAUCCAGCGGAAACGUCCGAGGAGCACACAGAGGUUCCUUCGUUGCCUACAAAGCGCGAAUAUGCCCCUGGUAUAUAUGAGGGCUGGUAG